CACAUUGUAGAUUGUGUUAAGGCAUUGGGUGUGCCAGCCAGCUAAGUUGAGAAAAGAAAGCUCUAUCUGUCGGUAUAAAAAUCAGGAUCACUAUCAGGCAGGCAUUCAGGCAAGAAUCAGGAAUCAGUGAGAGAGACAUUAUUGUACUUCUAUUGACUUGUUGUGAGGGGAUCUCGAUAACUUCACUUAAUCACUAUCAGAGAGACAGUCAGUGUUAAGAGAGUGACACAAAACAGACACAGAUACGAUGGUGAAGACUGAAGAAAACGGAGAUGCAGCUGGUGGAAACCUCGAACCAGAACAAUAUCGGAAGAUGUUUAUUGGUGGACUUACAAGCUCUACCACUGAUGAAACACUCAAGGAAUUUUAUUCAAAGUGGGGUACCUUGGUGGAUUGCGUUGUGAUGCGUGACCCAGCAACAAAACGAUCACGUGGCUUUGGAUUUGUGAGCUUCUCGAAGCAAUCCGAGGUAGAUGCGGCCAUGGCAAAUCGGCCACACAUCAUUGACGGUAAAACUGUCGAUCCUAAACGGGCGGUUCCACGCGAACAGUCGCAACGAAGUGAAGCGAAUAUCUCGUCGAAACGACUCUAUGUAUCUGGCGUAAGGGAAGAACACACGGAGGAUAUGUUCAAGGAACAUUUCGGAAAAUAUGGCAACAUUUUGAAGUGUGAAAUAAUUGCGGAUAAAAACACUGGUAAACCGAGGGGAUUUGCUUUUAUAACGUUUGAUGACUAUGACGCUGUCGACAAAUGUGUUUUAAUCAAAAGCCAUAUGAUUAACAACUAUCGCUGUGAUGUAAAAAAGGCGCUCAGUAAGGAGGAAAUGGCAAAGGUUCAACAACAGGAACGUGAACGAAUGGAUCGAGGAGCACGCUCUCGAGGACCACCAAUGGGACGUGGUGGUGGUGGAUGGGGCCCCGCUGGAGAUAGAGGUGGUUAUGGUGGACAACCAUGGGGCGCUGGUCCCGGCGGACCUGGUGGUUAUGGAGCAGGUGGUGGUGGUCAGUGGGGACCGUCAGGAGGUGGCUAUGGAGGAGGUUAUGGUGGUGGCUACGGUGGUGCACCCGGUGGCGGUCGUGCAGGAUGGGGACAAGGUGGCGGCCAAGGAGGUUGGGGCACCGGCGGGCAGGGUGCUGCGCAGUCAUGGGGUGGAUCAGGUGGACAAAGUGGAGGCGGCAGUUGGGGCGGUCGAGGUUAUUGAAAAUGUGGAUUACGAAAAUGUGGCACACAUCUUUUCACUGCUGAUACUUUUUUUCCAUGGUUUUUCCAACGAUCUCAGUAGGUAGUCCUUAAAGUGCAGAUUUUAAGCCAUUUCAAGUUCUGUAUUUCAAUUCUUUACAAACAUUACUGUGUUUCAAUUUUGCUGUGCCUCCAUUUUCUUCUAAGAAAGUUGUGAAAAUGUUGAGAUGUUGGGAAAAGUGUAGUUCGCUCCUUCUCGAUCUUCUGACAGUUACAUGCAUUUUCGCAUCAUUUUCUGUAAUAUCUGUAGACUUAGCAGUUUUCUUCUAUAAUCUUGUGAUCAUUUUAUUGUUUGCUGAAAUUCACGCAGUAUCAUUUUUACAGUCUUUUGUAGUUCCGGCGUUUUCACACUGUCUGUGUCUCAAAUUUUUUAUUAUUGCAGUUGUUGUUUCGGUUGCUUUUCCCUUCAUUGUGAAGCAUUGUGUAGUAUAAAAUUUCGAAAUGACUUUCCAUUUGUUGUUUUUGCUACUGUUGGC